GAGUGCUUAUAGUAAUGCUAUUCGCAUUCGAAGGCGGCUGAGCCACUAGUGCGAACCAUCACGACCAGUGAUAUUUUGUUUCGUUUCUCAGGUCAACAACAACGAAGGGGCACGCCCUUCAUUCCUUUUCUUUCUUUACCACCAUAUCAUGCGUUGCUCUCAUGCAGAGCACGCUCGCACACUCCUUUUCACUACAUUCUUGUUCGUACUCUCAUUUACCGCCACUCUAGCAGAGUCGGCGAAUGUUCAUGGUUUCCGAGCCCAUCAUGCCUGGCGCAGACGAGCAUCAUUAGAUGUGAUUGCCAGAGAUCAGGUUCCAGCAUUAACAACUCCGAGCGUGUUGCCUAGUAUUACCAGUGCCCUGUCACCGACGGUGCUCAUUACUCCGACUACUCCGACCUCGGUUCCCUCGGUGUUGCCCGCUCUACAAUCACCAUCAGUGCCUAGUCCUUCUCUACCAAGUCCUUCGCUACCAAGUCCUUCUCCACCAAGUCCGCCAGCAAAUCCAUUAGCCACAACCUCGAGUUCCUCUAGCUCCACUCCUGCAUCCGAUCCUACGUCGACCAGUGCCACCAGUGCCGCUACCCCUACCACAAGCAAUGAGACUCCCGUUUCACAUUCCACUUCUUCUCAGUCUCCCUCUUCUCAGUCUUCCUCUUCCUCUUCCACCAAGCCUUCAACAUCCACGCCUACGUCUGCAGCACCUGCUGUCAUUGCAACAGCGCCAGCUGCACAACCGUUAGGGCUCACCUCAGCAUAUACAGGCACAUUUACCAGCUUCGCAACCGGAACGACAGUUUCAUCUACUCCUUCGAGCACGCCCUCUUCCAACUCUGGAUUCUUCUCAAAUACAGGAGCAGUCGCCGGAACAUUCACUGUUGCUGGCUUGCUUGGAGUUGCUGGAAUUAUUGGAACUGGAAUGAUGAUCGCAAGACGCCGUGUCUCUCGCUCGUAUGAGGAUGACAUGGAAUACCUGGAAAAGAAGCCAGAACCUUCUGUAGAGCCCUCUCAGAGUCAGAGUUUCGUUGUUGGAGACGCUGAAGAAUCCUCAGACAUAGAUCACUUCGGCAACUCCAUGGAAGUAACUGUACCGCCUGCCGCACACUUUUAUUCGCAGCAGGACGUAUACCAUGGGCAGGCAGCUAAUGGUAGCGAAGGUUAUGAGAACCAAGGCUACUAUCCACAUGAGGUGUACGCUCCCCAUGAGUAUGGUAUAGCAUACCCCCCGACGGAACCUUAUGCGGCAGAGGAUCCUUAUGGAGGGAUUGAUGAAACUUGUGGAGGGAUGCCAAACCCCUUUGAUGAUGUUGGAUCAGGAUUACCAGCUGCCUUGCAGCCAUCUGUUCAGCGAACUCGAACGCUUAUUCCUCCUCAAGCUGCGUACUGCUCUCCGGAUCUCCAUCACUCCGUCGAUUCCUUUUACGGUUCCUCCACGGGCGCUUCGAACGGGCACGCCAUGUGAAAUUAUACCAAACAUCAUAUACUUGAUCCGUGCAUUGUGACAUUCUUCAUGUUGUCGUUCAAAAUCACAGUGCACGUCUGAUUCGUAUUUCAUUAUUUUAUUUAUGCACACACUUGCAGCCUGCACGUAUACCUUGGGUUUCAUAGUAGGGCUGGUGUUAGCCUGACGAUUGCACUGUACGAGCCACUCAACCUUUUUUUUG